UAUACGCAUACAAACAAAUAUACAUAUAUAUGCAUUACAAUAGUGCAUGAUUGCGAGAAUCACAGGGGGUGUCUGGAGAGGUUUUGCAGAGAUUCCCGACAUGGAUUCGGCUGGGACUCGAACUUCUGUUUUAGCCGUCACGGACGAUCUUUUAUUGCCUGUUAGCUCUGUUCUAAGCAUAUUGAAAGAGCUUCAAGAUAAGGGGGUCGAACGAUGUGAUCCUCUGAUCAUCACUCAAGCUUCCACCCUAAAUCAGCUUCCUUUGGAUUCUUCUUCCGUGGACAUUGUUUUAUCAAUCUCAAAAUCAUCUGCAUUUCCUAAUGAUAAAUUGUAUGGUGAGAUCUCAAGAAUGCUGAAACCUGGCGGCACUGUUAUUGUAUGCAAGAACUUGGAUCCUCAAGUUGGGGAAACCGAGCAGGUUCUUCAGCGAAGCAUGCUUUUGGCUGGUUUUAUUUUACCACAAUCUCUUGACUUGAAAUCCAUUGCCUUGUCUAAGUUCAACUUGUCUUUUGGGAUCAAGGCAAAAAAACCAUCUUGGAAGAUUGGUUCAUCGUUUUCUAUCAAGAAGCCCGUGAAAAAUCUCUUGAAGGUUAAUGUAGACGAUGACUCGGAUCUUAUAGAUGAAGAUUCUCUAUUGACAGAGGAAGAUCUGAAGAAACCUCAACUCCCUUCUGUUGGUGAUUGUGAAGUUGCAAGCAACAGAAAAGCUUGCAAGAACUGCACGUGUGGUAGGGCGGAGAUGGAGGAGAAAGCAGAGAAGCUGGAUCUCACUGAGGAUCAGCUAGAGAAUCCUCAAUCAGCGUGCGGCAGCUGCGGGCUGGGGGAUGCUUUCAGAUGCAGCACAUGCCCUUACAAGGGUCUCCCACCCUUCAAACUAGGAGAGAAGGUCUCUCUGCCUCAAAACUUCCUUGCAGCCGACAUAUGAACAAGGGAGUUGUUAAUGGGUUCCUACUGGAUCGUUGUCUGCCUGGUAAAGAGUUAAUGGGAAAGUUCAAUGGUCAGUUCAGUUGCCUGUGAGGCGUUAGUAACUUAGCAUACUGAAAAAAAAAAGGCGAUUUGGUAUAUGGUGAGAGUAGAGUGACAUUGGACCGAAGAGGUAUGGAUCGUUGUCUGUUUGAUUGGUGAUAGAGACGCAAGGAUGAUGAUGACAUUUAUUUCAUUACUUUGUCUUAUAUGUAAGUCUUUUGACCACAGCCAAGUUUCGAGAUUUGAUAAAACGUUGUUUUGGUCGGACGCCGACAUUUGCAUA